AUGGAACCCGUCACAAAGAUCAUGCAAUUCAAGCCCUCUCCGUCCUACCUCCAGGAUCCCUCUCGGUUCGUUUCUGAGCUUGCAGCCAAGAGUUCAGCAGAGACAAUCGAUGGGGCAUACCAUGGUCUCGAGGUUGAGGAUCCAAGUAAUGCAUUCUGGGUCUUCGAGUGGGCUUCCUUGUCUGCGCAUGGUGCACAUCACCAGACAGACGAUUUCAAGGCUGUAAAAGAAACUGUUAAACAAAUCCAUACGACCGAACCUACCCAUAUGUUUGUCCAUUUUUCCGACCCUAGUCGGAUCUUUUCUGCACCAGUAACGGAGUUUGUCACUUUCACUCUCAAAGAGGGUAUCAAUAUGGACGCGCUGCAACCUCUCGUCGAACAGCUUCAGGAUAAGCUUCAAGGAACACCCGAGUUCUAUGGCUCGAGCUGGGCGCCUGUCGUCGAUAAGCCUAACGUGGUUCACGGCGUGUUGGGAUGGGAGAGUGUGCAGGCACACUGGGAUGCUGUAAGCUCAGGUCCCCUCAAAGAGAUCAUUGAUAAAGUGAAGGAGGUUGCUGACCUUUGGCUUGUCCACGCAAAACUGACGCAAUCCAAAUGA